CAGCGAUGGCGGCGGCGCACGAAAGUUUGUUGACGUCGCGGUGCUGCUAGAAUUUCGUGAAUGUUUUGUUUUUCUACCCAUCGUUCGGCUUCGUUUUCAUUAUGGGCGUCGUGAGCAUUCAUCAGUUUCCGAUACCUGAAGGCAAAAGCGGCCAGCAAGCUGCGGAACUUCUCCAGAAGCGUCUUGAAACAUUGGGGGCCGUUCGAGAAGGAAUAUUUACCGUGGACUGCGAGACCUACUACAGUGCACCUAACAUAAGCCCCAGUCAUUCUGUGAACAUCAUCCACGACACCGAGCAUCCGGCGACAUGCUUCGCUCUGCUCGACACAGGCAUGUGCCUUGUCGCGGACAUAACCUUCGACAUGCUCAUGCUUAAGAUGGCCGGAAUCUACAGCUCCAAGAAAUCUACCAAGAUUGAGUCCAGGGGACCACGUUACGAAGUUGCAGACUUCCUUGUCAAAGUGGGCAGCGUCUCGAUGGGACCAAGCUUUCGGGGCAUUCUCGUUGAGGUUGAAUACCUGCCAUGUGUGGUCCCAUCAAGUUGCUGGGACCUGAUGCGCGAGUUUCUCCAAGGCUUCAUGGGCUCGACUGUGCAGGGUCCUCCCCAGUACCUUCAGGGCCGCAUGAACGAACUGUACAAUCCUGUGGACACUGUCCAACAGUACAUGGAGCACUUCAACAAUUUCCGAAGGGCAUCUGCCACGCCCGUGACAGCACCCGCAAACAUGGAGUAGCAAGUUGGUGACAUACUGGCCCAUCGAAUUCUACAGCCUUUGCUCCACUGAAACCUCUUCCCAUUUCUCUCUCUCCUUCUGCUUUUCUACCUUGGAAGCAAGACUGGCGGAAGCCACAUUUAUCAUCUUUCAUGGACAAGCUCCUGUGAUGUGUAGCUUUUAUGUGAAUCAGUGCAUUUCCGUGUCACUUGUUGACCCAGCUGUGCCCAUGCUGAGCCCGUAGGGUAUCCUUACAGACAGUGUGCUUCGGCAUGUAAAAACUUUUAACAUAUGAGAUGAUUUGUGGGCUUGUAGUGACAGCCAAGUGGAGACACAUUUCGUUGAGCGUUUUCUACGGCUUUCAGAGCGUUUUCAGCAUCCUAUGGAGCUCUUGCUGCAACACAGGGUCAACAUUGCAUAAAAACAUUGUCAUUCUUACCAAAACAUCAGCAUUCAGUCACUUGCUGGUUACCGUGCACAUCUGAUCGUCAUGACAAAUGUUCUGUGGCUUCGAUACCUUGCUAUUGGUUAUGGACUGUUGCAUACUCCUGUCACCUGCUUUGUGUGGAUUCCCAAUUACACUGGUUAUGUUGUCAAUGAGAGCAAAUUGAAUGCUUGCUAGUACACACUCUUUUCUGUGCUCUCCAUAUAGCUGUAGAGUCAUCGGGCCUUUGUGCAUGCCACCUACUUAUAUUGUGUGUGGCAUGGUGUGAACAGGUGGGCCAAGCCAGACACCAGAAAGAUUUUCUCCUUUAUUAGAGUGUCCAGUACAGUACUAAACGCUACAAAACUGUUUCUCAGGGGUGACCAGGCAGUCACAAAUAAAUCAUCAUAAAGAGCCAGUGAAGCAAUAUCAGAGAGAUGCUAUAUGCUUACUAUAAUUCUAUAGAAAAAUGCUACUGGUUUGUUCUUGUGCACAAAACGUUCAGCAGGAGUGAAGUUAGCCCACAACCCUAUCCAGCACCUAUCAGUGGUUCACUGUACAGCCACCAAGGACCCGUCUCUGUGGAUCAGCGCUUACCAAACUGUGCUGCUGAGCACAAGAUCAGAGUAUUUAUGUAUCGGGCUUUGGUUAAAUUAUUAAUAACCCCAUUGUGGUAAAAUGAGGUAAUCCGAAGCACUCUCUUGUGCCAUUUGUCAUAGCCCCUGUGUUGCUUCAGAACAUCAAAUCCCAUUGAUCAAUCAAUAAGUCUCACAGAGGCAGUCUUUGCAGGAUGCUGCUGUAGGCCCUCGUGAAUGGUAAUGCCCUGGCAACAUUCUCAAGCACGCAUGAAUCGAACAGCUUACUUAAAGUUUAUUAGUACAUUCAAACACACAUGAAUCGAACAGCUUAGCUAAAUAGAUUAUUAGAUGCAAACGCAAGCAAGAAACUCUGCCAACUAGGCAUCUUACUGCACUUUGGCUGCCGAAGGUGCAUAGUCGCCUGCACAUUUACUGCAGCUUUAAAUGCACGCUCGAAAGCAAUGGCCAAUGCUAAAGUUGCCUGCUCCCACGUUUUUCUUCCUUCCGACCAAUUUCUUAAUGAGUUCGUCGUUUGCUUCAUUUGGCAGUGUCACCAACAAAGCCGGGUCAUCCUUCAUAGCUCGCUGGAUAGUCUCAUAGGCGUACUUGUUGCCCGACCAACUUCUGCGACAUACCUGCAUUGUGGAAUAAGGCUGCGUGAAUUUACAUUGCCAUGGAGUUAGGCCACUUAAUGAAAACGCCAGAACUCUAUGUAAUAUUUUAUGGAAGUGGGCAUGAAUGCUGCCAUCUUGGAUUGUUUAAUGCCACUUUUUUCUAUCUAACAACCAAAUGCAAGGUACUACUGUUGAUUCAUAUUCAUAGAAAUGGUUGUACGGAUUGAUGCCUUGGGUGUUUUAUGAUCAUGUUAACUUGACAUCACUUGGCACAAAACCAGAGGAUCGUUCAAUCUGUAACAACCAAAUGCAAGGCGCUUCUGUCAGUUCAUAAUGAAAAGAGUGUUACAUAUGUUUUGCUGUGUGAUCACUAUGUUAACUUGACAUCAGUAACUGACAAACUGUUGGUGUAACAGCCCAAAAUGACAUGCCCAUAAAUCGAAACUCUUGUUCCUAUGAGUCAGUUACUGCUCAGACUCAAUUACUGCAAGCGGCUGUUGAAUCUCGCAAUGAGUAUGCACACUAUAUCGCAGUAUGCAAUAUAUUGCAGUAGCAGGAAAACUUGAACUAGUUGUUUCUUUACUUCGAAAAAGUUUGCCCUGUGGCAUAAAACAUGUGAAGCAUGCACAUUAUAUAUGUAUACUUUAGUCCAGUGGGGAUUUGUAGUGUAUAUGACAGAUCCACAGAUGGUUGUCAGAUGGGCAGCUUGGGCCUGACGAAGGUUUCAGCUAGUUGGUGAGUGCUCAUAUUGGACAAACACCGUGAAUGAAGGCAAGGACGAAAAAAGUUCUUGUGUCCGUCGAUCGUCACGAAUAUAUUCUGGCUUGGCCAAGCUUCCAAUACUUUUUGCUACCAGGACACAUUUACUAUACCUAGCGUUCUAAGUUCUCAGAGUUUAUUUUAGGCCAAUAUUGGAGAGCGCCUCUCGGAGUUUACUUUUCCCUGGAAAAUUGGAGUUUAUUGAAUCUUUCUUUUAUGGUGCAACAAAAUUAGCGUUCUUCAGAUUUUUCAGUGUUAUUUUCCCUUUUAGUUUGGCCAAUACUCUGAAAACACCCAUAAUUGCAAUAAAAGAAGCAAAAUACAAAAGCA